AUGAUAUUCAAUAAGCGCAAUAGUCAAUUCAAGGACAUGGAAGGCAAUCGUGAAGAUGAUGAUGUGGAACAACCUGUACUUGUGGAAGAGCCAUUGGACCUCAUUAGACUAAGCUUGGAUGAAAAGAUCUACGUUAAAAUGAAACGUAACCGUGAAUUGCGAGGUGUCUUACAUGCUUUUGACUCACAUUUGAACAUGAUCCUGGGGAAUGUUGAAGAAACUGUAACAACAUUAGAGAUAGAUGAGGAAACAUAUGAAGAAGUUUACAAGACGACGAAACGCACAAUACCCAUGCUGUUUAUUCGCGGAGAUGGUGUUAUUCUAGUUUCACCUCCACAGAAAGAUUAA